CGCCCGUAUACGAUUGCUUUGUCCAUUACUGAACAGGCAGGAGGGAUGGCAGACGCUGGUGCUGCAGAUUCAUCCUCUUCACCCCCCCACUAUCAGUGCAGAGAGAAUGCUGAGCAACACCAAUAACAAAAGCGCAUAUGCUGCACUCACUGGCCCGGCCCUAUAGACUCAGCACUGCAGCAUCAGCAUCAUCAACAUCAACAUCAAAAUCAUCAUCAUCGCUGAGUCUUCAGCCACUGCUGGAACCCAGCCUUGUAUCUGCCCUUCUUACUGAUUGUGGGGCAACAGUUGGGGCAGGUGAAGAUGUUUCAGCGGAGACUUUCUGAUUGGUCAGAUCUGGAUACAAGCUCAUUGGUGGAGCUGGAGGGAUCUGAACUCCUCGGGGACUCGCCAGGGUCUGUGCCCAAUGGAGGAGUUGACACAACCAGCUUUUAUGGUGAAGAAGAGGAAGAUGAUGAUCCGAUCUACAUCCCACGCAUGGACAUUUGCAGCCAAGUCCCCAGGGGGAAUGUUUUCAAGGAUGGGAGAACUCCGAUUGACUUUGUGCUGGUUUGGGAGGAGAAGCUUCAAUCUUCCAAGAAACACAGGAACAAGGGGGCGGCCCGGGGGCCAGAGAGAGACUCCAGAGCAAAGGGGAGACAAGAGAACUAUCGGAAACGUUUCCACCGAAACCUGCUGAAGGCCGGCCUCCUGUGCGAGAAGGAGCAGACCUUGAGUGAGAGACGGUGCCUACACUACCUGAAGCUCAGCGCCCCCUGGGAUCUGCUGGUGUACUACGCAGAGGAGAUGUGCAUGAGGGCCCCACUCCAGGCCCAGCCCAACCCAGACACCAACACCUCCCACAGGUUCCUCCAAAGGCUGCGACUCCCCAACCCCAUGUACCAGCAUGUGCCCAACAAACCCCUGGAUUAUUACACCUGCGCCUUCCGACGCUCCAAACUUCAGAAGUUUCUGGGCAGCGAGUGCCAGGCCACGUACUUCAGUAACAUCCAGCGGAGCAGAAUUUUGUACGAGCUCCUGUGCCACACGGUGUAUGGGAAGCGCAAACACGCGGAGGUUGGAAUUGAGCGGCUGCUGAACGAGGGAAUCUAUACGGCAGCGUUUCCACUACACCAGGGUCCCCAUGAGAUGCCCGAGUACGAAGUGUCCCCAGAGACCUUAAAUCCUCGCCAGAUCCUCUACCGAUACUGGGCUCGCUGGUCCCAAUGGUACAAGUAUCAGCCCCUGGAUCACAUACGCGACUACUUUGGGGAAAAAGUGGCCAUUUAUUUUGCUUGGCUUGGUUUCUACACAGCCUGGUUGCUGCCGGCCGCCAUCGUGGGGACAGUCGUGUUUAUUUCGGGCCUGGUCACCAUGGGGAGCAACACUGCCGCGCAGCAGAUCUGUCAGAGUGGGACGCGCUACCUGAUGUGCCCCCUGUGCGACACCUGCAACAACUGGUUCAUCUCCGACAUCUGCCCAAUGGCCAAGGUGGGGUACCUGUUUGAUCACCCCGGGACCGUCUUCUUCAGCGUCUUCAUGUCCUUCUGGGCGGUGACCUUCCUGGAAUACUGGAAGAGAAAGAACGCAACACUGGCCCAUCACUGGGACUGCAUGGACUUCCAGGAGGAAGAGGAACAGCCGCGCCCAGAGUUUGCUGCUAAGGCCCCCCAGAUGGAGCAGAAUCCAAUCACAGGGGUGAAAGAGCCCCAUUUCCCCAAGAGAGACCGACUGUCCCGCAUCCUCACUGGCUCCAUGGUCAUCAUCAUUAUGCUCUGCGUGGUGAUGAUCUUCCUGGUGUCGGUGAUCAUGUACCGUGGGAUUGUCACCAUGAUGAUGUACCACACGGGGAACAACCUCCUAAUGACACAGGCUGGGAAUAUCGCCAACAUAAGCAGCUCCAUGGUCAACCUGGUUCUGAUUCUCCUGAUGGGCCAAGUCUACACUUCCUUGGCUGAGAAGCUGACCCGCUGGGAGAUGCACCGCACUCAGUCUCUACAUGAAGACGCCUUCACUUUCAAGGUUUUCAUCUUCCAGUUUGUGAAUUUCUACUCGUCCCCCUUCUACGUGGCUUUUUUCAAAGGAAGGUUCAUAGGAUACCCGGGGAGAUAUGGGAAGCUGCUCGGGAUGAGAAACGAGGAUUGUGGGCCUGGAGGGUGCCUCAUUGAGUUGGCUCAGCAGCUCUUCAUUAUCAUGGUGGGAAAACAGAUUAUCAGCAACAUCCAGGAGUUCCUCAUCCCGAAACUGAAGUCCUGGCGCCAGAAACGGCAAUUGGCCAAAGUGAGGGGCACUCAGCUGAGUGAGGAGCCCAAGCGCUGGGAGGAGGACUAUGAGCUCAUUGAGUGUGAGGGGCUCUUUGAGGAGUAUCUGGAGAUGGUUCUGCAGUUUGGCUUCAUCACAAUAUUCGUGGCUGCAUUUCCCCUGGCGCCGCUCUUUGCUCUGCUCAAUAACUGGGUGGAGAUCAGACUCGAUGCCCAGAAGUUUGUGUGUGAAUAUCGCAGGCCAGUGGCAGAGCGGGCACAGGGCAUUGGAGUCUGGUUCCUCAUCCUCGAGGCCCUGGCACAACUCUCUGUCAUUGUCAAUGCCUUCCUUAUUGCCUUCACCUCUGACUUCCUGCCGCGGCUCCUCUAUCAAUAUGAAUACGACAGUAACCUGGAUGGGUACCUCAAUUUCACCCUCUCCUACUCCCCGCACCCCUACGUAUCUGCCAACCACACCAUGUGCAGGUACAAGGCUUUCCGGGAUGAGGACGGGAAUUACACUCUGUUCUACUGGAAGCUCCUGGCCGUGCGCUUGGGAUUCAUUAUUGCUUUUGAGCACGUGGUGUUCUUCAGCCUGAGGUGCAUCGACUGGAUGGUGCCCGACAUCCCCGGGUCGGUGGAGAUCAAAGUGAAGAGGGAGAGAUAUUUGGCCAAACAGGCGCUCGCUGAUAACCAGGAGGUGCUGCUGACGGUGAGUCCAGGCUCCAGCUCCGCAGGGAGUUGCAUUUCAGCCCGCGGCAUGAGUCCCUGAUCCUUUGCUGGGGAGAAUAACAAGUCGAAAGUCAGAGAGAGGGAGUGACUUAUAGAACUUGUAACGCAGCCCCUCGGGGCCAGAGACACCCCUGGAAUGACACUGCAUGGGGGUGACAAUGAGUUAACAGUUUUCGUGCCUCUGGGGCAUCUCUGGCACUAAAGUCUCCCCCACCUUGUGGAUCUUCCUAUAUAUAUAUAUAUAACCUAUAGGUGCAGCUACAGAGAAGCACAAACUGUUGGCUGAGCAUGCUGGGAAGUGAAGUCCAAUGCUGAUUGACAGAUGAGCCCCUAUGGCAAGAUCACAAGCACAACCCCGGGCCUGCAACAUGGCAGCACCAAAUGACUGUUAUUUUUUAUCAUUUUUAUAAUACAGGGGAUGAUGGGAGUUGUAGUUUAGCUGUCAGACACUGAUACAAUGCAUGUAGCAUUAGUCAUUAUAUUUCCACAUAUGAGGAUAAGCACAAAUGAGUUGGGGGGUAAAUAAUAUACAAAGUAGAUUUUGUUCUUCUGAGCCACUGCCUGAGAUAAAUAAUAUGGAAAAUA